AUGGAUUGGAUAUUUAUCUUCUACGUUUCAGACAUAUCCACGCCUGUAGAUGUAAGGAUUUACUCUGCUGCAUGUUUCUACUGGGAUUCCAAGCAUGAUCUAUGGUCUAAGCAAGGUCUUUAUCCUGGUAAUGGUACCACAGUGGAAAGUGUUGAAUGUUUAACUAAUCAUCUAACAGACUUUGGUGCCAGUUUCCUCGUACCACCAAAUACAAUUAACUUUGAGACGGUAUUUAACAAGUUUAAAGAUAUUGGAUCGAAUGCAGCGGUUUUAUCAACAGUUUGUGUAGUUAUAGGAAUAUAUCUAAUCAUUGUUUUUAUAGUCCGUAAAUUUGACCAGAAAGAUAAAUUAAAGUGGAGUAUUGAACCAUUGUCAGACAAUCUACCAACAGAUGUUUAUCAUUAUCAAGUAACAGUUUAUACUGGUAUUAGACGUAAAGCAGGAACCAAAUCUAAAGUCUUUAUCGUUUUGGCAGGAGAUCAAGAUGAAACUGAAGUUCGUGCUUUAGAUGAUGGAACCCACAGAGAAUUUUCUACUGCUAGUGUUAACAGUUAUUUGAUGAGUGUACCCGAAUCACUGGGUGAUCUUACCUAUCUUAGAAUAUGGCACGAUAACACAGGCAAGAUGGCCGACUCAGAUUGGUACCUCAGUUUGGUGGUAGUUAGAGAUAUUCAGAAGAAUUCCAGCUAUGUAUUUCUGUGUGAUCGGUGGUUAUCACUGACCAAAGAUGAUGGACAAGCAGAAAGAUUUUUACCAGUAGCUACAAAACAAGACCUUGAAACUUUCUCUCAUUUAUUUUUCUUCAAAACCCGACAAGAUAUCACUGAUGGUCAUAUCUGGUUCUCUGUUAUAUCACGACCAACACGGAGUCCUUUUACAAGAGUUCAACGUUUAUCAUGUUGUCUCUCAUUACUCUUUACGACCAUGAUUGCAAACGCCAUGUGGUACCGUACCACAGAAGGUCUCGAAUACUCCCAGGUUGUAAGCUUGGGUCCAUUCCAAUUUACAUCUCAAGAAUUUUUAAUCAGUAUUUUUAUGAGUAUCAUCGUUGUGCCCGUCAACAUCAUCAUCGUGACCUUCUUCAGAAAAUCCAAAUCUCCUGCAAAACGUCCUCAAGCAACGCAAGUUCAUCCCAAAGUAACCAUCAAUGAUUCUUUUGGAAAAGAAAAUACUCUACUGGCUCCUAAAGAAGAUCCAUUAGAAGCUUUGGGGAAGAGACCAGAAAAGAAGAGAUUUCAGUUACCACAUUGGUGUGUUUACAUCGCCUGGUUCUUGGUCUUUGCAUCUGUAUCACUGUCUGGGUUCUUCACCAUCCUCUAUAGUUUAGAGUGGGGGGCACAGAAAUCCGGAAUGUGGUUAACAGCUUUCUUCCUAUCUUUCCUGGAAUCUGUAAUCGUUGUCCAACCAAUUAAGGUGGUAGCGGUAGCAGUGGUUGUAGCCUUGAUUUCCCGGUCAUCAUCUGAACACGAAGACGAUGAUAAAGAAGUAGAUACUGAGAUAUGUCAUAUUAUGAAGUCUGGAUAUAACAAGUCUAUCGACCCUACUGAUCCAGCUUAUCCAGGUAUGUAA